CAUGGUGGGCAUCGUGCAUGGGCUCGAGGUGGCCACGCAUGACGUGCGAGCGCAGGACGACGCUUGGGGCCAGUCGACUCGACGGCCGGGUCGCUGUCGCAGACCGUACAGGCGCGGUUGAUGCGUGAUUUGUAUGGGACCGUACAUUGCUAAUGUACGAAGCCGUACCGUACGUUUCGGGCUGUGGUCAUGGGGCCAGGAUGAAUUCCGAAAAAUCCUCUCGACGGCGCCGCCUCCGCCAUGGACGACUCGGACGACGAGACCGGGGCGGCCUAUUUCCUCCCCGGUGGGAUCGCCGACGACGGGCCUCCGCGUCGCGUCGUCGACAAGACGCCUGCGCACUCGUUCCGCGCGCGUCCGGCCGCGACCUUUGGCAACAUCCAGCCCAUGCGGCCGCAAAACCUGCACGCUGGCUACCGCAUGCCCGAGCCGUCCAACUCGCUUCUAUCGGGCCUUGGCGGCGAGGCCAUGCCUGUACAGAACCGCGAGCGCGGUAUCCCGUUCAGCGGCUUUGGCUACGGCGGUAGUGGGCCCAUUGGCAUGGGCUCGAUCGGUGUCAUUGGCUCGGCGUCGACGCAAUCGCCGUCGUUUGGUCGCCCGACCGGUCCAUCGUAUUUGAGUCAUGCGCCUAGCAUGAUCGCCUCGCCCGUGGCCAAUCCUGCGCCCCUCCGUGCGCCACCAGGACUUGCCGGCCCGGCCCAAGGGGCGCCGACCCUUGAGCGACACCGAUCCGACACGCAGCCUUUCGGCGGUUUCAUGUCGCACAUGCGGAGCCCGACCGCCGUGCCAUCGCCGCUGCACUCGACGCCGCAUGUGGCCAUGUACCGCAGCGACAGCAACACGUCCAACUCGGACCUGGCCGAGCUCAACACCACGUCGGUCGUCGUCUCACACUCGGUCGCAACGGUGGAUCCCAAGAACGUAGCGGCGUCUCCGCAGCUGUUUGGGCCUCGCCGCGUCCGUCCCGAAGGUCGCGCCAGUGAUGAACCCCUCGAGACUCCUGUCAAGAAGCCUCUCGCUCGCACGACAGAUCGCAAGCCGCCGACCAAAGACAUUGUGCCGCCGUCGCUGCGCGCGACCGUCGACUCGCCAUCGUCAGCGUCGUCCGGCUCCUCCAAGGAAUCAAGCUCGCCGCCGCCGCAGCAUCCUAGCCGCCCGCCGGCGCUGCCCGCCGCCUCGACGCCACGUGCCAAGCAACAGCGCUCGCCGCUUCGCAAGGCUCCAGUCCAAGAAGCCCCGACAACGAGCGUCGCUCCCAAGGCGACCAAGCCUGAGCGUCCAGUGACGCGUCAGCCACCGCGCGUCACGACCCAACCGCGCCCGACGAUCGCGGCCCCCGAGCCCGCGCCGAUUAGCACAACGCGCCGUGCCACGCAGCGCGAAAGGGUGGGCAAGGACGCCAAGCCAUUGGUGGUGGUGCCAUCAACGCCGCCACGGGCCAAACCAUCGACGCGGGACACCGUUGUCAUGAGCCCUCAGGCCCGACAGGAAAAGAAGCCGGCGCCCCAGACGCCGGUUCGAGCGACUGCCCCGGCGCCGAGCACCCCAAAGCGUGCACCGUCGACGCCUGUGCGCGCGACCACGCCCAAGGUCGCGACGCCGGUCAAGGUCGUCGAACCUCAAGUCGACGAGGACGACGAUGUGGUGAGCGAGACGGCGACGCCGGACGAAGCGGUCGUUCCUGCUGACGAGAGCAACGAAGAAAGCUGCGAAGACGAGAGCCAAGUGCCGACGACCGACGACGACCUCGACACCCGCGCGCGCACCGUCUCCGACGACAUGCACGCGACCAAGCCAACGCCCGAGUCGGAGGAAGAGUCCAAGCCGGCCAAAGCCCGCGCCAAGGAGCACGCCAAGCGGGCCGAGAAGCUACGCAAAGAGCAGUCGCGCAAGGAGCGCAAGCUACAGCAAGCGAAAAAGCGAGACGUCGACGAGCCGGGCGUCGUCGCGCCACCAGACGACUUGGCCGACUAUGCGCACUCACCGUCGGUCAAAGUGUACCUCCAGGGCCUCUGUGUAACGUACCUUCGCUGGCUCGCAGCGCUCGUGCUGCAUGUGCAAGCGAUCGCGUCCGUGGCGCUCAGCGUGUGCAUGCUUCUGGGUCUCCAUCUGGCGUCGUACGCGCUGUCGUUCCACCGGCUCGCGCUGCGCGGUCUGCUCGUGAACCGCAACAUUGGCUCGUGCUUUGCGUUCCUGUACCUCUUCCCGCUCCUCGUCCAGUACGUGAUUCCGUGGGCGCCGCCGUGGGCGCCGGUCUGCCUCUGGUAUGCGUUCCUCGUGCAGCUCUUCUGCACGCAGGGCUCGACGGCCAUGGUCGCAACGUUCCGGAUUCUCUUGCCGCUCGUCUUCCUCGUCGAAGGCGUCUCGCACCACAGCUUCCUCCUCGACCUCAACGGCGCCGAAUUGCUCCUCAUCUCGUUCAUCCUCUCGGCGCUCAAGACGGGCAACAUGUGCAGCCCCGUCUUCUUCCUCUCGCUCUCCGUGCAGUGUCUCUCUGCGGUCUUUCUCGGGUCGGAGCUCUUUGUACAGUGGGGCCAGCUCGCGAUCGCGCUCUAUUCGCUCAACGCCAUGUCGUCCUUGCACCAAGACUGGUCGCUGCUCGAAGGCGGCGAAGAGAGCGGCCAUCGCCACUUUAUCGGCGAGUACCACCAACCGGCGACCGGGCCGCUCGGUGCAUCGAUCCAGAAAACCAAGCGGCUCGACCGGCGGUCGCUGGCAAGCGUCGUGAAGGGCCGCAACAAGGCGCGCGGCAACUCGUCCUUGUAGAUACACGGCCGUCGCCUGCCUAUCCUGCUCUCCAUAUACAUACAUCUUCCCGUGCACUUGUA